UCAAAAUCUCUCUUCUCCGAACAAAGAGAGGUAAUUUUUUGAGGAAAACAAGGGCAAUUUCGUCACAACUUGCUGAUAUAUAUUCCUUUUCCUUUCUAUCUCCCUAAACCCUAAUUCUAAUAUUUCCAUGGCGGCUACCGAAGACGAGAAAACCCUAAUCGAGAUCCUCGACGAUCCUUCGGAGAUUGACCCCAACAAAUACAUGAAUUACGUCCGUGCCCCUCAAUCCGGCGCGAUUGCAACCUUCGCCGGCACGACACGUGACUCCUUUGAAGGGAAACUCGUCGUCGAGCUCCGUUAUGAGGCCUAUGUUCCAAUGGCGAUCCGACGGCUAAGGUCCAUCUGCUCCUCCGCCCGAUCUUCAUGGAAAAUCGACUCGAUUGCCGUGGCCCACCGGCUCGGAUCCGUCCCAGUCGGCGAGACGAGCGUGUUCGUGGCGGUUUCGGCGGUGCACCGGUCCGACGCAAUGGAGGCGUGUCGGUACGUGAUAGACGAGAUAAAGGCGUCAGUGCCGAUAUGGAAGAAGGAGGUGUACGCGAAUGGAGAGGUGUGGAAGGAGAACGCAGAGUUUCUAGAGCGGAGGUUGGGUUUGGAGAUGGGUGCGCACGAUAAGGGUGGUUGUUGCGGUGCGAAGGUCAAAGUUGGGAGUGUGAAUGAAGAGGCGCACGAUAAGGGUGGUUGUUGCGGUGCGAAGGUUAAGGUCGGGAGUGCUAGUGAGGCGGCUCACGACAAGGGUGGUUGUUGCGGUGCGAAGGUUAAGGUUGGGAGUGUUAAUGAGGAGGCGCACGUUAGAGGCAACCACGGGGGUAUGUAGAAAAGGUGUGAUUGCACAGACCGAGGCCAGCUGUGGUACGAGACCUCCACAUGUAUCAGGCAUCCGAAGAUCACCGUCCAUCGUCUCAUGUAUU